AUGGCUUAUGAUAAGGAAUUAUUGCAUGCUGAAUUCAACAAUUACUAUUACUCAGUAACAGAUGUGCAGGGUGCUAUUUUUUAUAAGAUUAUGCGUGUUGUUGCUAGUCUAUUAGGUGAAGUUUAUUUUCUCUAUGGUUAUGGUGGCAUUGGGAAGACACUUAUAUGGAAAACUUUAUUAUUUGUUAUACGGUCUAAUGGAGAAAUUUUUGUAACAAUAGCUUCAAGUGAGAUUGCAUCAUUACUACUGCCCGAAGGAAGAAUAACACAUUCUAAGUUUGCUAUACCAGUGUCCGCAACACAGAAUGCAACAUGCAAUAUUCUUCAAGGGAGUGACCUGGCUGAAUUGCUAAAAAUGACCAAACUAAUAAUUUGGGAUGAAGCUCCAAUGUGUCACAAGUUCAGUUUUGAAGCACUGGAUAAAAGCUUAAAAGACAUCAUGCAUAAUGAUAUAUCUUUUGGAGGGAAGGUCAUUGUUUUUGGUAGUGAUUUCCAUCAAAUACUACCAGUUGUGUCAAGAGGUAGUCGGUCUGAUAUUGUGCAUGCAAGUAUAAAUGCAUCAUACAUAUGGGAUCAUUGUCAAAUUCUUAAAUUGACCAAGAACACACGUUUGCAAACCAAUGCUGCCGAUACCAAUAGUGACGACCUCAAACAAUUUUCUAAUUGGCUAUUGGACAUAGGUGAUGGCAAACUUGGAGAACCUAAUGAUGGUUAUGGCGAAAUCAGCAUUCCUGAUGAGUUUCUUAUCAAGGACUUUAAUGAUCCUAUGCAGGCAAUUGUUGAGACAACAUAUCCUAACUCAUUACAAAACUAUAGCAAUGUGGAUUUCUUGUAG